UGUAUAAUUUGCCGAACCUCUUUCCAUGCCAACUUCAAAGUUAGAACUGCCCGCUUGGUAAUGUUUUUAUGUGUUGUUAUUUGUAGUGUUAGCUACGUUCAUUGUCACAUAACUGUUAACCAUCAUUUUUGUUAUUUCUUGGCAGGGUUCUAAGAACUUCUGAGGACGAAGGAGAACAACCUUUAACAUCAGGAAGAGACGAAGUCAAGGUUAAUAAAAACGCAAAAAUGAACGAGGCCAAUGUACAGCCGUCUUGACCGAACAAGCUUGGUCAAUAACCCAUAGAGUGAUUUUACUUAACCCGUGAAAUAGGUAGUAGAACACUACGCACUAUUGUGCACUAAAGUCUAUAGUAUUCUUUGUUUAUUAGUAGCUAUUUUACAUUAUACAAUGAUGUGAAUGCUACGCGCGCUGUGAUUGGUCGUUGCCCAUGAUCUAUUAGAGUACAGAUACAUGGAUGACGUCACGGGAAUCUUGUUUUCUUUGUUUUGUUCAACAUGGCACGCGGUUUUGAAAAUGUUUGUGAGAUUAUUUCGGAUUGAGGCAAGUGAAAGCUUGGGAAAAAGUUUAGCAGGAGUUAUUUACAAAGAAGAAAAAUGGAGAAACGGAGACCAAAAAAGCUAUUGACUACUUGACAAUGCCUAAACUACAAGAAAUCUUCACAACAGUUGGCAUCGUGUGUCUUCGCCACGACAGACUCGCUGUUUUGCAAAAUGUUUUCGCUAUUAUUCUUCUUUGAGCAAGAAAAGACGGUGAAAAACUUUUCGAAGAAACUGUACACAAGUAAGAUAAAGAAGAAGCUAAGAUGAAAAGUUGGGUUUGGGACUUAAAAAAUGCCUAAACUAGCACAAAUCCUCAAAAGGUCAAGCGGUUCGAGGCAGGUAUGUGUAUCGGUCUUUAUGUGUCAACAGUGACACACUCGCCUGCGGCUCGUGUGCCACUUUUUUGUUUUUACGACAUUUUGACGUCAUCUGUGAUCUAUUACUAAACAGACGCAAGGCAACAUGGAAUCUAUUUGUUAACUAGUUGUUAUUUUUAAGCUGUUUCACGGGUCAUGUAAAAUCGCUCUAUGUAUCGCUUUUGUUCAUCCACAUUAUUCUAAAGAAUGCCCCACGCAAACAUCAGAAAAUUCACGUACUUCGUUUGUUUUUAAAUACUGAAAAGCAGUCAGUGUGCCAGUCUGCGAGGGUACCGAGCCAACAACAUUUCAUUUCAAAUUGUCUUUCAACAGAAUUUUAAGUCUACAGAUGAUUGACUCUUGGAUUACUUGUAUGGUCAAAAUUAAUAAAUUUUUGAAUAUGAACUUUUUUAUUCACGAAUGAUAAUUUUCAGACGGAAAGCCUUUCAGAGGAACUUUGACAAAAGUCUAUUUUCGUUUUUCUUGGCCAGGGUGUAAUACACUCAUCGUCAGAGUUGCCAACAUCCAGCAGUCCGCAGCCAUCAUACUCCAUUCCCCCUGCGCACCCAUAUAACAUCGGUCAUACAUCAUGCUCCCCGAGCAUUGCCUUUGGGAAUAGAAAUGCAACCAUUUCCUCCAUCACUACCAGUCAUUCUGAAAAUGUAAGUAAAUAUUGAUAAUUUUUUCCACAAAGAAUUCAUAUUCCUCUCUCAAAGGGUUCAUUGGUUCUUUAUUUCACGUCGGUAGUUCAAACCAGAUAUCAUCUGACAAACAAACCUGAUGGGGCGCUAAUUUUACCCCUCUUUUCUCAACAGUGCUUCACGCCAUGAAUAUUUAAGGCAGCUACACAGAUAGUCGAAACUUUAAGGUCACCCAUUAGGGCCUCUUGCACAGAAAGAGGCGCACGAACUAACUGUGGCAAUCCUUUCUCCCAAUUACACUGUACGUAUUGUUGGGUUUGUUUCAAUAUAAAAGUUUGUUGGGGGCGAUUUCCCUCCCUGCCAAUUUUCCCUCCGGAGAUUACAGUGUAUGUUCCAUUUUCUAAAAGAUUUUAUGAUCUCUUUUCAAGGGAAGUGUGACUCUUUUCUAGAAUAGCAAGGAUGUUGCUUAAGAAAAGGUACAUUUCCCUCAACAGGUGAGCAGCUACAGUGAAGCUUCGACUCCAGGCCCGUUCAUGUCCCCUCCAAACAUGUCUGGAGUGGUUUCCCGACUGCCCACUUUUCCCAGUACAAUAGAAUACCCUGGUGAUAUCGGGUUCCAGAUUUCCUUUGGACUUUUGACUGAGUCAGCUUCAAAAUCUGCCACAUGGACCUAUUCUGAUGUGUGCAAAAAGCUGUACGUUAAUCUGGCCAGUUUCUGCCCCAUCAAAUUUAAGACGACCAUGCCCCCACCUCAUGGCACUAUUCUGAGAGCCGUUGCCGUUUUCAAAGGGUCCACAAACCUAUAUGAUGUGGUGAAGAGGUGUCCAAACCAUAUGGAAAGCUCCAACGAUGGUAAGAUAACAACUAUGUCCGAGAAAUGUUCGUAAUGUUGUUCACGUCUUUCUUGUUAAUUAUGGUGCUGUAUGAUGGCGCAUUUGUAAAGUGACUGGCGUCAGUUCAAAAAGAGAAAUAUCUGUUUUCCUCUGCUGUAGGGUCUGCACCAGAGGAUCAGUUUAUCCGCAGCAACAACCCUGCCGCUGAUUACCACACCUGUCCAGAGACCAUGAGGGACUCUGUGGUACUACCAUACGAUGGACCACAAGGUAGGAAAGAUGACAUGACCACACCCAGGGCCUCUUCUUACACUCUCGUAGGAACACAUUGAAAUCAGUUUUAGAAAGGAAAUUUAGUUCAAGUUCCCAGAGGUUUAGAGUUAUAGGUCAUUACCGAAGUAUAAAUUAAGAGCAUAGUUUGCAUCCACUAGACCGAUUUGUAUUUCACAAAUUACCAAUUUGUUGUUUAUUGGUUACAGGUGACACUCCUUAGGGUAAGAACCGGGCAUAUACAGUUUUAUGUAUAGUAUAUGCCUAAUUCAUAACCUAAGUCUACUAACUUAGCUCAAGGUCUAUACCGGCGAUAAUCCAAGCUGAUCUUAAUAUGGAUGAUAUCGACAAGAGGUCACUGCACUGAAGGGAAGUGUUUUAAAAUAUUUAUUUAAGUAUUUUCUUAUUUGUAGUGGGAACGGAAUAUGUGACGGAGAUGUUCGCAUUCAUGUGUUUUUCGAGCUGUGCCUCUGGGCCUAGCAGAAGACCAGUCGAAGUUAUUUUUACUUUGGAGAAGGAUGGACAGACUCUUGGUCGACGAGUUGUUGAGAUAAGGGUCUGCGUCUGCCCUGGACGAGACAGAAAAUCUGAUGAGAGAGCAGCUUGUCGCGAAUCAAGUUCAUUUCAGGCAGUUCGAAUGCACCCAUGGAAAGGUUUGUAUUCUGUUGCCCUCAGAAUUUUAACGUGACAAAGUUCGCACCUAAAUAUUUUGAAAGGAAAAGUUAUUUUGUAAGGAAAACUUCAGUUUUACUAAUGAUGUUAUCUGCUAUAUUCUCUUUGUAGGAUCUGGUAACACUGGAUCUGGUGCUAAAAGAAGGCGAACUAGCUCAAGAACUAGCACAGAUGAAGAAUUUGUCAUACCAGUAAGUUGAACAAUAUUAGCGUCCUUGGGAAGUCAGUCGCUUUUGUUUAAUGUGAAGUUUUGUGAUUUAAGACAAAACUUGAGGUUAAUGGUAUUAUGGAGAAAAAAAAUGAACUAACGUUAACUCUUUUUUCUUAUGUACCAGUUUAGAAAUCGACACAUGUAUGAGUUGUUGCUGGACUUUAAAGAAAAGCUAGAGGACAUGUUCGAAUCGCUUGAUAUUGAUACUCUGUAAGUAAGCAAGAAGAAAUGAAACAGUCAGAAUCAGAAGAUUUUGAUAUCCUGAUUUCAAUAUGUACAUAAACACGACCUUUACUGAUCUAGAAAGUCGGUCUCUUGUCUGUAGAACCUGAGCUGUAGAACAAUGGAUUGUUGGCAUGUUUGAUUAUUGUUUUUGCUCUUUACAUCUGCCAGUUUUUUUUCAUGUAAGGUGAUUAACAUUGCUAAAUGUUAAACGGAGCUACCAAAAAUUUGUCCUAACAUGCGUUUUACCUUGUACGCAAUACGUGUUUACUACCUUUUUUGGAUUUAAAAUCAAGAAUUUACCGACCUUUAAGUUUGGAUAACAUGUCAUGAUUAUUUCCCGAAUCUGAUGUGGUUUAGAAUGGGUUGGGGAGUGUGGUUAUCUAAGCAGCAUUGCCAACCUCUGUGUCCAAGUUUACCUCGUUACGGUCGAUAAAAUCGUAAAUUGCGUCUUGGUAAUACUGUGUACUGAUUUGCUGUAAUGGCAGUUUAACUGAAAUUAAAGCAAGUAGCAAAUCAAAACUGUUCAAGAGUAGUUCCAUUCGUUCUGUAUAAUUUGCCGAACCUCGUUCCAUGCCAACUUCAAAGUUAGACAUGCCCGUUUGGUAAUGUUUUUAUGUGUUGUUAUUUGUAGUUUAAGCUACGUUUGUUGUCAUCUAACUGUUAACCAUCAUUUUUGUUAUUUCUUGGCAGGGUUCUAAGAACUUCUGAGGACGAAGGAGAACAACCUUUAACAUCAGGAAGAGACGAAGUCAAGGUUAAUAAAAACACAAAAAUGGACGAGGCCAAUAUACAGCCAUCUUGACAGAAUAAGCUUGGUCAAUAACCCAUAGAGUGAUUUUACUUAACCCGUGAAACAGGUUGUAGAAUACUACGCACUAUUAUGCACUAAUUCUAUAGUAUUCUUUGUUUAUUUGUAGCUAUUUUACACUAGUUUUUAUUUUAAAACUGUUUCACGGGUCAUGUAAAAUCGCUCUAUGUAUCGCUUUUGUUCAGCCACAUUAUUCUAAAGAAUGCCCCACGCAAACAUCAGAAAAUUCACGUACUUCGUUUCUUUUUAAAUACUGAAAAGCACUCAGCUAGAGUGCCAGUCUGCGAGGGUACCGAGCCAACAACAUUUCAUUUCAAAUUGUCUUUCAACAGAAUUUUAAGUCUACAGAUGAUUGACUCUGGGAUUACUUGUAUGGUCAAAAUUAAUUCAAAUUUUUGGAAAUGAACUUUUUUAUUCACGAAUGAUAAUUUUCAGACGGAAAGCCUUUCAGAGGAACUUUGACAAAAGUCUAUUUUUGUUUUUCUUGGCCAGGGUGUAAUAACCUCAUCGUCAGAGUUGUCAACAUCCAGCAGUCCGCAGCCGUCAUACUCCAUUCCCCCUGCGCACCCAUAUAGCAUCGGUCAUACAUCAUGCUCCCCGAGCAUUGCCUUUGGGAAUAGAAAUGCAACCAUUUCCUCCAUCACUACCAGUCAUUCUGAAAAUGUAAGUAAAUAUUGAUAAUUUUUUCCACAAAGAAUUCAUAUUCCUCUCUUAAAGUGUUCAUUGGUUCUUUAUUUUAUGUCGGUAGCUCAAACCAGUUAUCAUCUGACAAACAAACCUUGUGGGGUGCUAAUUUUACCCCUCUUUUCCCAUCAGUGCUCCACGCCAUGAAUAUUUAAGGCAGCUACACGGAUAGUCGAAAUUUUAAGGUCACCUAUUAGGGCCUCUUGCACAGAAAGACGCGCACGAACUAACUGUGGCGAUCCUUUCUCCCAAUUACACUGUACGUAUGGUUGGGUUUGUUUCAAUAUAAAAGUUUGUUGGGGGUGAUUUCCCUCCCUGCCAAUUUUCCCUCCGGAGAUUACAGUGUAUGUUCCAAUUUCUAAAACAUUUUAUGAUGUCUUUUCAAGGGAAUUGUGACUCUUUUCUAGAACAGCAAGGUUGUUGCUUAAGAAAAGGUACAUUUCCCUCAACAGGUGAGCAGCUACAGUGAAGCUUCAACCCCAGGCCCGUCCAUGUCCCCUCCAAACAUGUCUGGAGUCGUUUCCCGACUGCCCACUAUUCCCAGUACAAUAGAAUACCCUGGUGAUAUCGGGUUCCAGAUUUCCUUUGGACUUUUGACCGAGUCAGCUUCAAAAUCUGCCACAUGGACCUAUUCUGAUGUGUGCAAAAAGCUGUACGUUAAUCUGGCCAGUUUCUGCCCCAUCAAAUUUAAGACGAACAUGCCCCAACCUCAUGGCACUAUUCUGAGAGCCGUUGCCGUUUUCAAAGGGUCCACAAACCUAUAUGAUGUGGUGAAGAGGUGUCCAAACCAUAUGGAAAGCUCUAAUGAUGGUAAGAUAACAACUAUGUCCGAGAAAUGUUCGUAAUGUUGUUCACGUCUUUUUUUGUUGAUUAUGGUGCUGUAUGAGGGCGUAUUUCUAAAGUGACUGGCGUCAGUUCAAAAAGAGAAAUAUCUGUUUUCCUCUGCUGUAGGGUCUGCACCAGAGGAUCAGUUUAUCCGCAGCAACAACCCUGCCGCUGAUUACCACACCUGUCCAGAGACCAUGAGGGACUCUGUGGUACUGCCAUACAAUGGACCACAAGGUAAAAAAGAUGACAUGACCACACCCAGGGCCUCUUCAUCUGCAUUACCUUACACUCUCGUAGGAACACAUUGAAAUCAGUUUUAGAAAGGAAAUUUAGUUCAAGUUCUCAGAGGUUUAGAGUGAUAGGUCAUUACCGAAAUAUAAAUUAAGAGCAUAGUUUGCAUGCACUAGACCGAUUUGUAUUUUACAAAUUACCACUUUGUUGUUUAUUGGUUACAGCUGAGACUGCUAGGGUAUAAACUGGGCAGACACAAUUUUAUGUAUAGUAUAUGCCCGAUUCAUAACCUAAGGCUACUAACUUAGCUCAAGGUCUAUACCGGCGAUAACCGGAGCUGAUCUUAAUAUGGAUGAUAUAGAUAAGAGGUCACUGCACUGAAGGGAAGUGUUUUGAAAUGUUUAUUUAAGUAUUUUCUUAUUUGUAGUGGGAACGGAAUAUGUGACGGAGAUGUUCGCGUUUAUGUGUUUCUCGAGCUGUGCCUCUGGGCCUAGCAGAAGACCAGUCGAAGUUAUUUUUACUUUGGAGAAGGAUGGACAGACUCUUGGUCGACAAGUUGUUGAGAUAAGGGUCUGCGUAUGCCCUGGAAGAGACAGAAAAUCUGAUGAGAGAGCAGCUUGUGGCGAACCAAGUUCAUAUCAGGCAGUUCGAAUGCACCCAUGGAAAGGUUUGUAUUCUGUGGCCCUCAGAAAUUUAUUUUGAAAGGAAAAGUUAUGUUGUAAGGAAAACUUGAGUUUUACUAAUGAUGUUAUCUGCUAUAUUCUCUUUGUAGGAUCUGGUAACACUGGAUCUGGUGCUAAAAGACGGCGAACCAGCUCAAGAAACAGCACAGAUGAAGAAUUUGUCAUACCAGUAUGUUGAACAAUAUUAGGGUCAUUGAGAAGUCAGUCGCUUUUGUUUGAAAUCAAGUUUUUUAAUUUAAGACAAAUGUUGAGGUUAAUUGUAUUAUGGAGAAAAAAUUAAAUAACGUUUACUCAUGUUUCUUAUCUACCAGACCAUAAGUCGACUCGUUUGUGAGUUGUUGUCGGACGAGCUCGAAUCGCUGAAUAUUGAUACUCUGUAAGUAAGCAGAAAGAAAUGAAACAGUCAGAAUCAGACGAGUUGAAGAUGCUGAUUUCAUUAUUUACAUAAACACGAUCUUAACAUCUUGCAAGUCGCUGUCUUGUCUGUAGAACCUGAGCUGUAGAACAAUGGAUUGUUAGCAUGUUUUGUAAUAACGUUUUAAUUGAAAUUUUGAUUAAAAAGGGCUGAAAACCUCUCAAACAGUGUGAUUUUAAAGAUGAAAG